UAGAGAACAGAAAGCUCUCAUCUAAUUUCCUGGGUAAUUGGGGAAUGGGCAUGAUGGCUUCCUCAAUUAUAUCUCUCAAGUCAACAACGACUUCGUUGUUCCUACUUCUCCUCUUAUCUCUGCAUUUCUCCCUAAUCAGGGCCCAUGGAGGCGCGAACGAUGGUGGCGGUGGCGAUAGCCCAAGCGUCGAUCUUCACUCCAAAGCUCUGAUUCAAACCAAAGUAUGGUGUCUCAUAAUCCUAUUGGUGAGCACUUUUGCCGGUGGAGUCUCCCCUUACUUCUUCCGAUGGAAUGAAAGCUUUCUUCUGAUAGGCACUCAAUUCGCCGGCGGUGUUUUCUUAGGGACGUCGCUUAUGCAUUUCUUGAGCGAUGCCAGCAAUACUUUCGGAGAUCUCACCACCAAAUCCUACCCUUUUGCCUUCAUGUUGGCUUCCGCCGGUUAUCUCCUCACCAUGUUUGGCGACUGCGUCAUAAAUUUCAUAGUCAAAGGAGCUGCAAGAAGGGAUAAAGGGGAAGUAUCCGCAGAGGUGGAGGAAGGACGUGGAGGAGCUGCCUCCGCUGUGGACGUCAACCCUGUUUUAGUGAAGACAUCUUCAUUUGGGGAUACCUUGUUGCUCAUCCUCGCCCUUUGCUUUCACUCUGUUUUUGAGGGCAUAGCCGUUGGUGUUGCAGGGACCAAAGCAGAUGCAUGGAAAAACUUGUGGACAAUAUCAUUGCACAAAAUAUUUGCAGCAAUUGCCAUGGGAAUUGCAUUGCUGCGUAUGCUGCCGAAGAGGCCAUUUAUAACUACUGUUGCUUAUUCUUUAGCCUUCGCUGUUUCAAGCCCUGUUGGAGUUGGAAUCGGAAUCGCCAUUGAUGCCACGACACAAGGAACAGUAGCAGAUUGGAUUUAUGCUAUCUCCAUGUCUAUCGCCACUGGUGUUUUCAUCUAUGUUGCCAUCAACCACCUUAUCGCCAAAGGGUUCAAACCACUGGAGCCCAACUAUUUUGACAACCCUUUCUUCAAAUUUUUAGCUGUUCUUCUUGGGGUUGGAGUUAUAGCAGUUGUCAUGAUUUGGGACACGUGA